AUGCUGCGGGGCGGCCGGAGCCCGCUGCCCCCGGCCACGGGGCUCCCCGGCGAGGCGCGGGGCCCGGCGGGCGCUCCCGGCGCGGCGCAGGUGGCGGCGGGCAGCCUGCUGGCCCUGCUUAUCCUCUGGACGCUCUUUGGGAACGUGCUCGUGUGCGCGGCCAUCGUCCGCUACCGGCACCUGCGGAGCAAGGUUACCAACAUCUUCAUCGUGUCCCUGGCUGUCUCGGACCUACUGGUGGCCCUGCUGGUCAUGCCCUGGAAGGCGGUGGCAGAGGUAGCUGGGUACUGGCCCUUUGGGGCUUUCUGCAACGUCUGGGUGGCCUUUGAUAUCAUGUGCUCCACGGCCUCUAUCCUCAACCUGUGCGUGAUCAGCGUGGACAGGUACUGGGCUAUCUCCAGCCCUUUCCGCUACGAGAGAAAGAUGACCCAGCGGCUGGCUCUGGUGAUGAUCGGCGUGGCAUGGGCGCUGUCUGUGCUCAUCUCCUUCAUCCCUGUCCAGCUCAACUGGCACAAAGGUGGAGACGUUGUUGCUACUGCUGACAAUGGAGAUGGAUUUGGCACUGCCUGGGCAGCAGCAGGUGCUGUCACCACCUGGGCAGAAGAUAUGAGUACCACUUGGGUGGCAUUAGCAGCAGUGAGACCCUCUGAUGGGACGUCUGGCAGCAAUGAUACCCUCACUGGACCGUCAGAGAGCUGUGACUCCAGCCUCAACAGGACUUACGCUAUUUCCUCCUCUUUGAUCAGUUUUUAUAUCCCGGUGGCUAUCAUGAUAGUUACCUACACUCGAAUCUACCGCAUUGCCCAGGUGCAGAUUCGUCGGAUCUCUUCCUUGGAGAGGGCAGCUGAGCAUGCACAGAGCUGCCGGAGCAGCCACAUUGACUGCCACCAUCACACAAGCCUCAAAUCCUCCAUCAGGAAAGAAACCAAGGUGUUGAAGACACUCUCUGUCAUCAUGGGUGUCUUUGUCUGUUGCUGGUUGCCAUUCUUCAUCCUGAACUGCAUGGUUCCCUUCUGUGAGAGCCCACCCAGUGACCCCCAUGCUGGCCUCCCCUGCGUCAGUGAGACCACCUUUAAUAUCUUUGUCUGGUUUGGUUGGGCUAACUCUUCUCUUAACCCCAUCAUCUAUGCCUUCAAUGCUGACUUUAGAAAGGUUUUCUCCAACCUCCUGGGAUGUGGUCAGUUUUGCUCUGGUACUGCGGUGGAGACUGUUAAUAUAAGCAAUGAGCUUAUCUCUUACAACCAGGACACCCUUUACCAUAAGGAGAUAGUGACUGCUUAUGUUAACAUGAUCCCAAAUGUGGUUGAUUGUGAGGAAAAUCGCGAGGACCCUUUUGAUAGGAUGUCCCAGAUCUCCCCAGACCAUGAGGUUGCCACUGACUCUGCCUGUGAGCUGGACUGUGAGGGGGAGAUUUCACUAGGCAAGAUAACACCUUUCACUCCAAAUGGUUUACAUUGAAUUGUGUCCUGAUCUGGUCAGUUUUUCUUGGAUUAUAAAAGAUAAUAUUAGCACUGAGUGGAGAAACCUGCUUGAUGAUGUUCUGUAGUUUGCAGGAUGUAGACGCUGUCAUACAGUGGGCUGGCAGAAAACUUCAAUCAGCACUUCCCCAGGCUGAGGGCAGACCAGGCAGUCAUGUUGAUUAGCUGUGGCGAGGUAUUGUGGUAUAAUUGCAGUCAGUUCAUGUUUAUAACGUGUUUGCAAAUGAAAGAUGCCCUUGUCACUACUAAGUAUUAUGACUUCUAAAAGCAGGGGCAGAAGUGGCUGGCAUAGACAUUAAAUAAAAAAUUCUGGGCUGUUUGUUUGUUCAGAUAUUUUUCUCCAUUUUUUUUGUUUGUUUAGUAUUGAUUUUUUUUUUGAAGAUAGAGAUAGUGAGGUGGUGAUUUGGAUGAUUAUUUAAAUGCGUGUUUCUGCCAAAACAGUUUAUGUGAAAUCCUUGUUCUCCUAGGCGGCGUUGUUGCCUAUGAUAUCCUCUGUUCCUGGAUGUAUAAAUAAAAGUUAUAUUGAUCAAGGGUUUACUAUCUUUCAUUUGUCACCCUGAACGGUUUACAACAAGUAUUCCAACUAACAUUUCGAUAUGAAUAUUUAGAAUGACUAACAGCUUAUUAUUUUAAAAGCAAAUAGUCUGUAUAGAAAAUACAGUUUUUGAGUGAAAGUGAGGCUCAUAGGAAUUCUUGACUUAGAUGAAUUUGUUUAUAUGAUUCUUACAGCUAGAUUUAUACCUGUUUUUCUUUAAUAUUAUGUUGCUAUCCCUUUUUGCAGCGAAGAAUAUCAAGUAUACAUAUGUAUAAGCUAUUAAAACUUUCCAUUAAUUCUGCACUUGAAUUUACUUUUUUCAAAUGCUAUUAAUGUAAGGAGUUUGGUGAAAGAAUUAGGAGUUGGGUAUGUCUAAAAACAAUAAUUACAUUUGAAAAUUAUAUUAAUAAUCAUCAUUUCCUGGU